AUGUCCGAGAGCGACGACGACGAGUAUUACAGCGUGCCACUCAAAGACCAGCGAUACUUUGGUGCAGGCAUCAAGCGCCAGCGCAUCCAUUUCGUCCCAUCGUCGACUUCCGAAUCCACCACUCCCGCCGGCGCAUCCACUCCUUCAGCUCUCUCGGCCAGCGAACGCUACCUGCAAAUCGUCCUGAACAAGGCUUCUUCUGAACCAUCCUCUUCAGAAGUUACACUGGCCAAGCAGAGUCCAAAGAUAUGCGCAGUCUGCAAAACACAAUACGAAGGCGAAGAGGCAGCACACUGUAGCUCGCUAGUCCACCAGAUCGCCUUGCCACACUCACAUCCACCCUCUGCAUUAGACAGAUCCCGCAAAGGCCUUUCUAUCCUUCAAUCCUAUGGCUGGAAUCCUGAUGAGCGUCUCGGACUCGGCGCACAGAGAGAAGGCAUCCUGCAUCCCGUCAAGGCAAAAGAGAAGCGUGACACUGUUGGUCUAGGCGUCAGUCUCAACAAUGACGAACCUACUCUGAAAAAGAAGAGGAAGCUCGAACAAAAGACAAAGCCUGUCGAGAUGCUCGAUGCUGGAAAGAUCAGGAAGCUGGAACUGAACAACAAGAAGAAACAUGAGAGAUUGCAGACUUUGUUCUAUUCCAACCAUGAGGUCGACAAGUAUCUCGGUGCCGGAUGA